CCAACCCUACCGGGCCGCAGGCGCCGCCGCGGCCGUCGAGAGGGAGGAAGACCCCGGCGGGCCGCCCCCGGCCCACACAAACAGUUUAUUGCGAGAUUCUUUGGAAUGAAUUUGGAGAUUAAGGGAGUUGCUGCAUCCCCCAGAGGGCAAAUUCAGCAGUCACCUUUGACAAAGAAGCCUACGCAAGAAAAACAAGGAUGGGAGAGGGCAGAGAACUGGAAUGAGUGUGGUCAUGAAAGAAGCAAUGAAGCUGAGGAGGAGAACAAGGAGAACCUGAUCCUAGUGAUGGUGAAAGCAUCAUUUUUGGGAUGGCGGUCCAAAUCAUGGAUUACCCAAAGCCCUCGCCCUGCUGAUGUACCAUACCUUGAUUUGGGGAAACUGGGAGAGUCUGAUGAUGAGGAUGAAAUCUCCAAUAUUCCAUUCAGUCCAGCACACUCUUAUAUUGGCCCCCCACGUCCACGUUCAACUAUUGGUUUGUGCACUCCAGUACAAACCCCUCCUGAUCAAGAACAUCAGAAGAAAGAGUUUUCUCUAUGGGUUCAGAAGACAAUACCAGAGGAUUUGCCAUCCCCAUCAGACAAAUACAAAUUAAAAUAUCGGCAGUAUGAAGCAGAAAUGAAAGAUGGAUAUAGGGCAUAUACUCAGCGAUCAACAGCUAAGAAAAAAAAUGACACAGCCCAGCAGUCACCAAGGAAAAUAGAAAGAAAGAAUGCACAAGAUGAAGAAAUGAUCAGUGUCAAUCUUGCAUCUCUGGACAAGAAAGUGGUCUUGCAGGAGGGCUGUACAAGCCAACCCGACAUCAUACAGUGGAAAAUAAGGAAAUCCCAAGCCGAAGAUGUAGUUGCAGAGAAGAGGAACCAAGCAGUGGAAGAGCAAGUAAUGGCAGAUCACUUAUCUAGGGCUGUGAUCAGUGAACCAGAACAAGACACUUUUGUUAGUAAUCAUCAAGGAGUUCAUACUCUUCCAGAUCUUGUGACAGCACCUCUGCGUUUUAGGAAAAGAAUGUUACAUGAAACUAAAAUUAGAACCAGUUCAACUUUAACUGAAAAUAUGCUUUCUAACAAAUUACGCUUUGAUUGUAGGAUCAUAUCAAGAUAUGGACGUGAUGCUUGCAGGUUGCUGAUUGGACUAUUUUUUAUACAUGACAGCUCACUUACUGUUUAUGAAUAUCGACAAUUUGGCAAAAAUAGGACAAAUGCACUUCCAUUUAUUCAGAAAAAUAUUUAUAAUCAUCAAUGUGGGCCAAGAAAAGGAAAGCAAUAUGAACUAUGUGACUUUUAUGUGGGGGCUAACCUGUCUUUUUUGAGCUUUGAUCAUCCUACUCUUCCAAACAGUAUAAAAGAGAAUCCAGUAUUUACUCUUCGCAUUACAAAUAUUGAUGAAGUGGCUUUGAAUUCUCUCAAAACUACAUUUGUGAAGAACCAGGAAGAUCAAGUCCAUCAAGAAAAUGAAAAGAGAGUCUUCAGAACAGUACAAGAUUCAGUGAAAGAGCAACUGCAUAAAAGAGAAGUUCGAAUUUUGACCCGAUUGGGAAAAUACUUUCAACAUCUAGACAAGAAGGGAAAUGGACUUCUGCAUAAGGCUGAUUUUAAACAUGCUUUGAAAUUAUAUCACUUAGAAGUGGCAGAAGAGGACUUUGAAUCCAUUUGGUUAAUUCUGGAUCAUAAUGGCAAUGACCAAGUUGACUAUAGGGAAUUCAAACGGGCAGUUUUUGGUGAAAUGAAUGAAUAUCGACAAGCGUUUGUUCGAAAAGCAUAUAUGAAACUAGAUUUCAACAAAACUGGCAGUGUGUCUAUGGCAGAUAUUAGAAAGUGCUAUUGUGCAAAAAAACAGCCACAAAUAACAACAGGUUAUGUGACAGAGGAAGAGAUUAAAUCUUCAUUUCUAGAAAUGUUAGAGGAUGCCUGCAGCAAACCCAAUGAAGUGUCCUAUUGUGAAUUUGAAGAUUACUACGAAGGACUAAGUAUUGGGAUACUGGAUGAUGAAGAUUUUGUUAACGUUCUAAGGAAUGCUUGGGGAAUUUAGAAUAGAAAAAUAUAUAAAUAUAUCACUCAGUUCAUUUGGAAUGUAAAGCUGACUGAAUCAAGUGCAUCUAAAUACUUUUCAAAUAUUUUUCCAGUUUCACUGAAUUGUCAUAAGUUGAAUAAAGGAAUCUUCAUUUGGAGAAAAAUGUGCUCUAAACCAAAGAGACCCUUAUAUUAGCAGAUGAAUGUCUUAAAUGUUUGUAAAUACAUGGAAAUGUUUUGGGCCCUUUUUUUGUUAACCAUCUUCCUUGGGAAAAUGAUAAAUGCAAUUAGCUAUUCAUGAUCUUAUGACUUAUAAAUGCCAUUUUUUAUUAACUUUCUUUUCUGCACCCUAUCCUACACAGAAAGCUUAACUACAGGGAUUCCAUGUUCUGUGAACAGUCCCUUGAAAAUGACUCAAGUAAUGCAACUCAUUUGUACAGAUACAUAUAAUUGCCUUUGAACUCGAAAAUGAUGCCACCAUUGAGGAAAUUAACCUAUUUAACUUAUGCAUGGAGUGGAUGUAGUCAGUGGAAAUUUGUGAAGGGUUCAGAACAAAUUCCUGGCAAUUAUUCCAUUACAUUUAAAAAAUUUCAAUCUCUAUGCUAGGCCUGACCCCAAAUUAUGUGAUGUUGUAUAUUUAAUAGUCACUCAUCAGUGAAUUUACUGAUAAAAGCAUUCUCCUUUUUUUAGGUUUCUUCUAUCAAUUCUUGUUUUAAUAUAGUGCUUUACAUUAGUAAUGUCAAUAUCAGUCAUGAACAUGACCUCAGUGAUUGUCUCAAACAAAAUAUAGUCUGACAAAAUAUAAUGGAACAAUGACUUCCAAAUUCGUGGAGUCUGACAAUAGGCUAAAUGUUGAUCUAUUAGCCUAAAGUUUAAGUGUGUCAGGAAAAGGAUGAAAUGCAAGUAAAAUAGUGGAUUUUCCGUAAAGUUCCAGCCUUAUCCUUCUCCUUCCUUCUCUUUCCUAAACUUAAUAAUCAGUCUGCCAAUAGUAUUUAUUGAGUGUUUACUAUGUGCAGAGCAUUGUACUAGGCACUUGUGAGAGUGCAGUAAAAUUAAAAGUUGUGGUUUAUUCUCUCGAGAAUCUAUGAAGCACAUAUUUUCCCCAUUGCCCAGAGACAUUGUUGGGGGGAUUUAAUUCCUCAAGGAACAAUUUGUCAUAGCUCCCAAAAUAUACCAUAGAAUAGCUUAUUGAAUUUUAUAAUAUUUAUGCUCUAUUAUAUCAUUACUCAGUAGAAAGAGGUAUAGUCUAAAUCUAUUUUAUUCUGUAAUGACUACAUUUGAAGCAGUGUGCCUAGUGGAUAGAGCAUGGGCCUGGGAGU